AUGGUUGACAAACUCUACCUUGUCACUUCCGGGGACCAGUCGGAAUUCGUGUCGAGACCAACCAUCACGAAAUGUGUGCUUCCGCGUGGUUUCCAGACGGACAUACAAACGUGUUCCAUCCAUGACUGCUUCGACGACCUUAACGCAGUCGUUACCGAGGAAGAUAAUGGUAUCGAUAGGUGGCAUUUUGCCCUCCAGAGCAAGUUGGGCCAGUGCUAUUUUGUCGUUGAGGUUCGAGGUUAA